UGCCACCGCUAGAGUCUGAUCGCAGCUAUGUAAAUACAGCACACAUUGCUAUAUAACAGGGGUUGGUCUCAUAAUUGUGUAACUCGACUAUGUAAGCGGCUAGAUCAGCUACUUUACUUGUGUAGUAUGUAACCGGAACACGUUUUGACAAUGCGGCACUUCGUUGUUUUAUAAGUGGGGAGUAGACAUUACAGCAUUAACAAACUCUCAGUUCACAUUGUUAGCAGUUCCGUGUAACGUUAUUGAGAAGAAACACGGCACAUUGCAACCGUCUUAAAAUACUCCUUUUGAUUUGUUGUAAAAGACCGCUACAAAUAGAUUUUUUAAAUGUUAUUUCAAUAAUCCUUGUUCGAUUCUUACGAGGCAUCCUCAGUCUUUAUUUCCGCUAUAACGUAUUAUCUAAUGAUGGGAGUUGGAGCCGAGAACCGGUCCCCGAGCACAUCUAGCAGCGCAUUUGCAUUGCACCUUGAAGACGCAAAAGAGGAGACAGCGCUUGCCAUGAUGACUCCGGUUAAUGCUGAUGCCAUGAAGCAAGCAGAUAUUGAUCUUCAGACGGAGGUACCGCGGGAAACGUGGAGUCGGCGUCUGGAGUUUGUGCUCGCCACUGUCGGUUAUGCGGUGGGUCUGGGAAACGUAUGGCGCUUUCCGUACCUGUGCUACAGGAGCGGUGGAGGUGCUUUCUUGAUUCCCUACUUGAUCAUGUUGUUUCUCUGUGGCAUCCCGCUGUUGUUUAUGGAGUUCACCGUUGGACAGUACACUCGCCUGGGGCCUGUCCAUGCUCUGGCGAAAAUAUGUCCCCUCUUCAAAGGUGUGGGACUCGCGACAGUGGUCAUUUCAUUUGUGCUCUGCACCUACUACAAUGUCCUCAUGACGUGGGCCCUUUACUACCUGCUCCACUCUUUCAGCCCCUCGCUGCCAUGGGACUCCUGCAACAACACGUGGAACACAGGUGGCAACUGUUCCACUGGUUUUCCCGGUAAUGCCACACAUCUGCAAUCUGCAAGUCAACAGUUCUUUGACCGUAAGGUGCUCGACAUGACACAGGGCAUUGAGAAUUCUGGAGGGAUUCGCUGGGAACUUUUCGGCCUUCUUUUUCUGGCCUGGGCCAUUGUUUAUCUCUGCAUCUUUAAAGGGGUCAAGUCCACUGGAAAGGUUGUGUACUUCACUGCUACAUUCCCGUAUUUCAUACUCUUUGCAUUGUUGAUCAAUAAUGUCCAGUUGCCUGGAGCAAAAGAUGGCAUUCUCUUCUUCCUCAUGCCUAACUGGAGUAAACUCCUGGAAGUGCAGGUGUGGGUCAAUGCCGCUGCUCAGAUCUUUAACUCUAUUGGAAUCUCCUUUGGUUCCAUGAUAUCAAUGGCCAGUUACAACAAGUACAACAAUAACAUUCUUAAGGACACGUUUGUUGUCUCUCUGGCUAAUUCAGCCACUAGUAUCCUGGCCGGUUUUGUCAUUUUCUCCGCCAUUGGCUAUAUGGCCCAUAUUCACAACCUUCCUGUGGGUGACAUCGCCACAGACGGACCUGGUCUUGUGUUUGUGGUCUAUCCUGAGAUCUUCUCCACCAUGCCUUUCUUUCAGAUCUGGGCUCCUUUGUUUUUCAUCAUGUUACUCUGUCUUGGACUGGACAGUCAGUUUGCCAUGGCUGAAGUGGCUGUAACGUUUAUCAUGGACGGAUUUGGAAAGAAGGUUUUGGGAGUUUUGAAGAAGAAAGAGCUGGUUGUUUUGGCCGUGUGCAGUGUUGGCUUUCUGCUGGGGAUCCCUCACAUUACCAGGGGUGGCAUAUACGUGUUUCAGCUGAUGGAUCACUACACUGCUGUGGUGUCUCUAAUGUUUCUGGCCUUCUUCGAGGUCCUUGCCGUCACUGUCAUAUUUGGAGUGAGAAACCUCAGCGUGAUGGUGGAGAACAUGCUGGGAAAGAAACCGAACCUGUACUUCCGUGUGUGUUGGCAGUUCUUAUCGCCCAUGCUGGUUCUGGGUAUUCUGAUUUCCAGUAUUAUUCAGUAUACUCCAGCUCGAUACGGUAAGUUUUACACGUACCCGCUCUGGGCAGAGGUGGUUGGCUGGUUCAUCUCUCUAGUCUCCAUCAUAUGGAUUCCUCUGGGGGCGGUGCAUGAGCUCUGGAACACUGAAGGAUCUCUACUCCAGAGGUUAAAGUCGUCCAUAACUCCAACUUUAGAUCUGGAGAAACCCGUUGCUGAGUCUAUCGCAUUGUUUAAUGCCGAGUAAAGGCCUGUGUUUGUGUGUGUGUGAUGUGUUUACUUUAUUCUUUUUACGUUUUUUUUAAGAUAUUUAUGAUUCACAAUUGUAUUUCAGAAUAAUGAUGAAGCAUUAAAAUGUAUCCAGAGUUACAAUAUGUCAAUUAUAAUAUUAAGGAAACAUUUUACUAGCUUUUUAUCUAAUUAAACGACAUGUAUUUAUUUAAUUGAAUAUUUGAUCUUAUAAUUUAGAGGGCUGUUAAACAGCUUCGUCAAAGAAGACUUUAAUGUCAGACAUUAAAUCAUUUACGCACAUUACUUUUCUUCCAGAAAAAAAUCGAAAACAAAUCGAAUCGAAAAAUUGCAUAUUGAGAAGGAAUAUUCAAUCAUUUUUCCACCAUUUAAACUUUGAAGUUGAAGUUAAACAUUUAGAUACUUUUAGUAUACUGAGAGAAAAUAUUGAGAACAUGUUUAUAAUAUUAUGGAAAAAAACUUGAUUUUGAAAUUUAUCGUUAAUAAGAUUGAUGCCACUGCACCAAAAAUGCCUUCACAAAACAAGACACUUUCAAAAACAAAAUGUAUUUCUUAUGAAGUUUUAAAUUGUGGAUACAUCAUUUACUUAGUUAUGGCUAUAGUGCGUUUAUAGAUUAUAGAACAGUACAACAAAGCUGCUUUCAGUGCAUUACUAAUGGUGUUUAUCGUGUUCGUAAUUGAAGAGGGUCAAGCUUACAUAUACUGACACAAGUACUGUAUCAGCUGAACUUCAGCUUUAUAAUGACUAAUUAUUUGAGUAGCCUUUGCCUCAACAUUGCAAUCUAAAUAGUUACAGGGGCACAUAUUUAAAAACAUAUUAAUCUGUAUAUUUGCCAAAAACCCAGCAGUUUGACAAAGAAAAAUCUGUUGUUUUGUGUAAACACUGUUGGUUAUUAAUUUUGUGUAAUCUGAUAGAUCUUGUACUGCAAUCAAUGUUUACAAAUUACUUGGUUAAUGUUUUUAUUUCAAUUUAGACUUUGUCAUUUAAAGAAAAGUGUACUUGAAGAGAGGCGAUUGUAUUUUCUUGAAAAUGCUGGAUGAUACCAGAUUGAGAGAUGCUUAUGUUGUUUCUUAUUUUGACAGAAAAACAUCAAGUAGAAAGAACAUAAUUAAUCUUGUUUUUGGAUUAUGUAAACUAUUCAGACUAUUCCAAAUUUCUUUGUCGAAGAGUCACAGUCGUUACGGUGAUGUUUUGUUCUGAUUUAAACUUUAUAAUUUGUCCUUUCCUAAUUACUAUAUUAUUACUAUUGUUCCAUAUCUAAAAACAUCAAGAUUACAUCCCAAAUCUCGCAAUACAGUUAUAAUAUCAUGUGGUAACACACCGUGUGGUGUUUAUUUAUAUUUUUUAAAUAGCUGUUGAAUGUAUAUUUUUAUGGAAACAUUGUUUUUUGAUAUUUGUUUUUUCUGUGGUGGUGUGGAGAUGUAUUUUUUUUUAUAAAAUGUUAUCUCACGACAAGCAGCAGCUAGCUAACUAAAAUAAAGAGCUUUUUUUCGA